CCCUGCAUCCCACGGCGACAUCGCUGCCCCUCAUUCUCUAUUCUGCGCUUCGCGAUACCUAGCACUCGUUACUCUAGGCUUGUAGCUCGCUUCGCCGUUGAAAGAAGCAUCUGCAAAAGCACGCUACGACAACGAGGGUCCGAACGUGCAACGGGGUCUGCUUCAGCCAUGGCGUCUCCUGCAUCCACCGAACAGCCAAUUUCCGUGCUGAUGGUCUGUCUAGGCAACAUCUGUCGGAGCCCGAUGGCAGAAGCGGUGUUCAAGGAUGCCGUGCACAAACAUCCAUCGGAACAAGUUCGCAAGGCUUUUGGUCAGAUCGAUAGCGCUGGUACUGGAGCGUAUCAUGCGGGAGACGAUGCGGAUCCUAGAACACAGGCCGAGCUGCGAUCGCAUGGGAUCAGAAGCACCUGUCGCGCUCGAAAGGUGACACAAGCAGACUUCCAAAAUUUUGAUUGGAUCUUUGGCAUGGACACUUCGAACGUCCGAUCAUUGCGAGCCUCUGCCCCCCGGAAUUCGCGCGCGCGUAUUGAAAUCUUCGGAGCCUUCGAUGAUUCCAGACCCAUCGCGGAUCCUUACUAUGGCGGUGACGAUGGAUUCAAAGAGUGCUACUUGCAAUGCGUCCGAUACUCGAAUGCUUUCCUGAAGCAUCUAGGAUUCCCGCUAGCCGCAGAAGAUCCAAAUUCGGCUCUUUGAUACCCGACUCGAUUACAGUCGCAACAUAUCAGAUUGAGGACCGCAACUCAUCAGGUAUCAAUACAGCAUCUUGGUGUG